AUCCAUGUCAUUACUGCUUGUUGUGCAUCCUCACUGGCAAUUUUGUUUGAACUAAUUAAUGAUUAACAGGUGUGCUCUGCAUGACACUGUUCAAUGGCACUGAAGAAAAGAAGGAGCAGAUAAGACCAAAUGGAUGCAUCAAGAUCCUUUUUGUAGCUCUAAACUGCUAAAAGGAAAAUGAAGCCCACCUUCUCCUUGUGUCUGUUGCUGGCUGGUUUGUAUGCUGUUGUCCAGUGUCAUCAGCGCCCUCACUACCGCAAUAAGCAGGAUGAUGCUAAAGGGACAUAUUAUCCAGGACAUAAUUCUCAGUGGGAAGGAGCUUAUCCAGUUAAGAACAAAACCUUUGUCAAACUAGUUCUCAGCAAUGCUGACUUUGCAUUUUCAUUUUACAAGCUGGUCGCAUCCGAAGCAACAGUUCAAAAUAUUUUCUUUUCACCCAUAAGCAUCUCUGCUUCCUUUGCAAUGCUGGCACUCGGUGCCAAGUCAGCAACACUGACACAGAUUCUGGAAGGGCUUGCCUUUAACCUGAAAAAGACUCAAGAGACAGAAAUACAUGACAAUUUUUGCCAACUCCUCCACAUGCUGAACCGUUCAGACAGCGAGUUCCAGCUGAGCCUGGGAAAUGCCCUUUUUAUAGAAGAGACUCUGAAACCAGUACGGAAGUUCUUGGAUGAUGCCAAAAGCUUUUAUGAAUCUGAAGUCUUUUCUUCUGACUUUAACAACUCUGUUGGCACUGAGAAUCAGAUCAACAGUUAUAUUGAGGAAAAGACAAAUGGGAAAAUUGUUAAGCUAGUGGAAAAUAUUGAUCCUCUCACUGCAAUGGUUCUUGUUAACUAUGUCUUCUUUAGAGCUCACUGGGAGAAACCCUUCAGUACAUUAUACACAAGAAAGGAGGAUUUUUUUGUGGACCAGAAAACAUCUGUAAAAGUUGACAUGAUGUAUCGAAAGGGUUACUACAGAAAUUACUUUGAUGAAGAGCUGUCCUGUUGGCUGGUUCAGAUACCUUACAAAGGAGAUGUUGCAGCAUUAUUUGUUUUGCCUGACGAAGGGAAGAUGAAGCAGGUGGAAGAUGCUCUCUUGAAAAAGACUGUAUCUAAAUGGGAAAAGUUCCUCCAAGACAGAAAAAUACAUCUGCACAUUCCAAAAUUUUCUAUUUCUGGUACCUAUGAUGUGAAAAGGAUAGUUAAACAAAUGGGUAUGAUCGAUCUGUUCACUGACCAAGCUGAUCUGUCUGGGAUUACUGAGGAGCCUGGACUGAUGGUUUCAAAAGUGAUUCACAGAGCCAUGCUGAAUGUUCAUGAGAAUGGCACUGAAGCAACAGGAGUCACAGUGAUGGAGAUUACCUGGAGAUCUGGUGAUUUUCCUCGUCCUCCCCGAGUCAAAUUCAACAGGCCCUUUCUCCUGGUGAUUCUGGAUAAAGUCACCCACACUGUCCUCUUCAUCGGGAAAAUUGUAAACCCUCAGAAAAAUGACUGAUUGACAAGACUUCAGCACACCACUGCCUAAAUCCCUAUGAUCCUGUGAAACACUUACGUAUGGAUACCACUAUGUACUAGUGCUCAUCUUUCAACUAUUACCCUUAUAAACAUAAUCAUCCCUUAAAACAUUAAAACUAUUUUUCCUUGUCCAAAAGUCCCUUGUAUUUGCCCCAGCCUACAGCUGAGUAUCGCUUGUAGUGUUAAUGAAAUACAAGUAACUUUUCACCA